CCGGUCGUAUCCGUGUGGCUCGUGCCAGAGCCGUCUCGCGGUGGAACCGAUCUGCGUCCGAUGAAACGAAAACCAGUCAAGUUAAUACCGAAACCGCUACGCACGCAUCGCAGUUUAAUUGAGCGCCACUGUUAAGUUAGUUCGGACCUCGGAGUGUCCCCAAAAUCGUGUCGUGCCAAUAGUGACCGUGGAAAAGGGACCAAUCUCUCCUCCAGCAAGCGCUUCUCACGCGAGUUUCCCGCGGAUCGCGCAGCAGAAAGAUCAAAGAGCUUCGUGAGAAAACUAGUGAAAGUGCCGCACCCUUCGCAGUAGAAGACACAGUCCUUGCCCAUCGGGGACGGGGCGUGUAGUGGCGGGCCGAUAGAGGCAAUCCCAGAAUAUACCAAAGUGAACCUGCGUGUAUUUGCUGAUCGAAGGAAAAUAGUGUGUUAGGGUUUCCUUCGGGUGGAGCCCAGCAGUGAUUACACACUAUCAAUAUUAAUUAAGCAAACGAUUGUUCCGUGCCAAAGUGCCACAGAGUGGAGCAGGGUUACCAAGCCGGACCCGGCGGCCCAAAAGGUCCCACCGGGCGUGUGAUAUGUUUGUGCGCAAGAAAUAUUUACACUCGCCGUAGUUCCUAGGGCCCUGCCUCCCGACUAUCUGGGCCGUGCCAGCAAAACAAGAGCAUAAAUUUUGCCGCCCCGCCUCCCCUCCUGUCAAGUGAUCCCGGGCCGCGCCAUUUGCGGCCGUGUCCGAGAGGUGGGCGUGCGCGGGCCGAGUCGAGUGGCAAGUGAUCUUCAACGAAUGUUGUUGCUUCGAGAGGAUCGAACGUUCGAUUUUGGACACACGUAACUGACCGGCGUUCAACGAGCCGUGCCGUGGCCGUAAACCUGUUUCCGUACUGCUGUCCGCCUGAGCAAACCCCUUUUUUGGACUUAAUGUUAUGGGUUUCGGAGCGGCGCACUCCAGCGACCCACUUGGCCACCAGCAGUUCCGCGCCGCGACACAUUUGCACAUUCCAUAACUGAGGAGCGCAAACAAACCACUCGCGUGCCUACGCGACCUGGACAACAGUGUUGCGACACGACGAGAUCAGACGGCUUCCAGCGACCGCGAUCUCUCAACGACCAGAUAGGACGCCCCGCGGCAUGACUUCUUCCAUAUUCCUCACCAUGGCAGGAUGGACCAGUGACAAGUUUCGCCUCUCCUGUAUCGACAACAAUGGACUGAAACGCACCCUGCUUAAGAUGCUGAUACUGGACAAUGGCACGAAAAACACGAACAUCGAAGCGGAACGGGGCGAGUAUCGGGUCGAGCAGGGUGUGCCCAACGGUGGCGGCGGUGCCAACAACAAAUCGCUGCUCAGUUUCCUCGCAAUCAACGCCCUCGAGCUCAGUGCACCUGCCAGUCCGGUCCUGUUGGAGUGCAACGCACCAACCGUCCCGUCCGGAUGGUUGCAGCUAUCCGGUCAUCCCAAAAGCAUAGCACCGAUGGCUAACGGAAUCGUGCGCAAGCGUGUAUCCGGACCGAACGACACCGAGCUGGUGGCCUACCGGCAACUGAUGGUCGAUCCGCACGCCAUCAAGGUGGUGCCCAAAUUUCUCGGUGUCCACCAGACCGCUACCGACCAUUUUAUCGAGCUGCACAACCUGCUGAAUGGGUUCGUCGAGCCGAACGUGAUGGACAUCAAGAUGGGCUUCCGGACGUUCACCGAAAGUGAAGUGAGCAAUACGGCGCUCCGGGAGGAUCUGUACAAGAAGAUGGUGUCCGUCGACCCGGGCGCACCGACCGCCGAGGAGCACCGGCAGCGGGCCAUCACGAAGCUGCGCUAUAUGCAGUUCCGCGAGAACAUGUCGUCCACGGAGGAGAAAGGCUUCCGCAUCGAGGCGCUCAAGAUGCGCGGCAGUCUGCCCGUGACCGACCUGAAGACGGUCAAAACCAACCCCCAGAUUCAGGCCACCAUCGGGCACUUUGUCGGUGGGCGGCGCAGCGUAGCGAAGGACAUCACCAAGCGGUUGCGGCAGAUGCGUACGAUGAUCGAAAAGUCGGAGUUCUUCCACCGGCACCAGGUGCUGGGCAGCAGCGUGUUCAUCGUGUACGAUGAUCAGCAGGUCGGAGUGUGGUUGAUCGAUUUCGCCAAGGCGCUACCCCUGCCCAAGGGCGCGAAGGUAAACCAUCGGACGCGCUGGCAGAUGGGCAACUGCGAGGAAGGGCUGCUGCACGGGUUCGACGAGCUGAUCCGCACGAUGGAAGCCGUCCAGCAGAACGUCCAAACGCUGCGCCACCAGUCACGCGCGACGGAUGUCUAGGGAGGCGGAAACGACCAAAACCCUCAACGAAGGCUGGUUCCUUCAAGCCUACGUCAGACGUGAAACUAGUCAAUAUUUUGUGUUGUAAGCAUAGGAAGCAGAAGAAACACAGAAGAGUCCUCACCCGGCUGCCGGCUGGUGCGAAGGCUAUACGCUAUAGGUAGGCCAAUCCACUGAUAAGUGCGCGGAAAGACUGAGAAAAAUUCACUGAAAAGAAAACGAUAAUACUAGAUGGGGUUAGGUCGGGUUUAGUGAGGAGACCACAGUGAACAGCACGAGAAAGUACCGCGUUUUUUGUUGGAGCCAAGAGUUCAGCCAUUUUUCCAUAUUGGAAAAAACGGUAUACAUUAAAAUAGGGACAGUGAAAAGGGAAUACAACAGAAGGGUGAAAACUUUGUGCGAACUGUGCGGGGUACCAGUAGACGGUCGGACCGUAUCCUUUUAAUGUUGUUUUCUAUUGACUCCGGACGUCUCCGUUGCCCGUGAUUCUACUUGAAACCACUUAAACCGAAACUCACUGUAGUGCGCGGGCCCAGCACGAUCGAUUAGGUGAAUGAUAGUUUUAAAGAUGAAAGUGAUGAAACGUGUCGAAUAU